AUGGAGGGGAAGACUCUGGACAAAUGUGAUUCCCCAAAGCAAGUGGAUCUGCCCUUCUCCAUUAAGGAGAUCCUGAAGAAACCAACAAGGAGGAGAGAUGUUUCCAGCAAAGAUAGAGGGGACGCCCACCUGGCUUCUACUGAGACCCUAACACUGGAUUACUCCCCACAGGACCUCCCCCAGGGUCCUAGGCUGGUGGAAAAAUGGGAGCGGGACCCUCAGCCGAUGAUACCAGCCCCCUCUCCCAGUCACCUCCUUGAAGAGACAGCCCCAGGGACAUCAACCAGCUCCCCAAAACCCCAAGAGACAGUUUCCCAGCUGACUGACAUCCUGCCAGCAAGCCCAGGUUUGGAGCCAUCAAAGGGAAAUAGGAGAGAUGGAGUUGAGGAAGACCAUGGACACAACUUCCUUACUGACCCACCCUUCCAUGAGGAGAGGAAAAGCAAGAGAAGAGUCCGUACCACGUUCACUACAGAGCAGCUCCAGGAGCUGGAGAAGACUUUCCAGUUCACCCACUACCCAGACAUCCACGUCCGCAAUCAACUGGCAGCCAAGAUCAACCUUCCAGAGGCCAGAAUACAGAUCUGGUUCCAGAAUCAGCGGGCCAAGUGGAGGAAACAUGAAAAACUUAGCAGUUUCAGGAGCCUGCAGACCUUGCCAGAUAUGGAUGUCAUCUCAGCACCAAAGUCAGACAUGUCUGGAUCCAGCUUGACACCCAGGAUGCUCCCCAGCCUAAUGUAUCCAAUUGGAUACCAUUUUCCUAUCCAAGGACAGCUGGUCUCUGCCUGGUUUCCUCCCUACUUCAUGCCUAAUCCAUGGAACAUGCUGUCUUUCCCCAGCCCUCAUCUGCAUCUGGAAUGUGUUCCCACAUGUGGCAUUCCUUCCCCUCAGUGCCCUGAAUGGGGCAAUAUCUGUGCUGGUUUCACAUAGGAAAAGAAAGAUCCCUCUCUGGGCUGACAUCUACAGUACCACUGCCAAGCAGCGGGCAAGGUGAGCCAGAUGGGACCCUGAGAGGAAGACGACUGAGCCCAUUUUCAUAAUAUGAGUCUGACAGCUUUGAAAUCACCAGCCUCCUCCCCAAAACCACCACCUGAAAGCCUAGGAAAAUGGCUUGGGACAUCCCUUUGAGAAGUUACAGGUGGGUCCUUGGACAGAGAAGAUUCUCAGAAUGAUAGCCACAUUAUCUUUGGUGUUGUGGGUAGAAAGCCAGCCUCUGAAAAAGGAAAACCCAGGUUCAAAACCAAGCUCUUAUAUAUACUGACUGUGUGAUCCUGGGCAAAUCAGUUAAUUUCUCAAUGUUCCAAGUAACUGUCUGCUGGAUUGCAGAGAAGGCACUCAUCUAUACCGUCAGAGGGAUUUCCUCGCUGGGCAGUCCCUACAGCAAUAAAAUCACAAGUCUUAUUUUUAAAAAAUAUUUUUUAAAAAUCAAUGUUUCCCUCCACUCUCCUAUACACAGAAGCCCACUUGUUCUAACUUCUGUCCUUUGUGAUAAAGCAAAAGGCUCAAGAGGAGAAAGCACAAGAAAAGGUCAAUCCCCAAAGAGAAGUUAAUUCCCCCCAGCCUCCUCUACCCCAAUGGUACAUUUCACAAGGCCACAACAAGGGCUUCCUGAGGUGAAGUCAAGACCGUCCUUUGGACAAAGUGUGACUUAAGGAAUGUUUUAUUCCAUGCAGAAAUACGGUCUCUAACCAGAAUAAAAGGAGUGGAGGUAGAUUGAUUUGAGAGUUGAGUCUUCCCAGUGGGACACUCCAUUGGCCUAGAUGGUGAUCUUAUGCUA